AUAAUAAUAAUGGCACUCAGCAGCAAAAAUACCCCCCAGGUUACGUGGAUUCUUAUACAUAAAGUAUAUUUCCUGGCCACAAAACUAAAAAAAAAAAAAAACACAUUACUUUUUAAAUACGGAGAGUGAUUUUAGCCCACAUCAUCAGAGGGGGAGCAAUCAGCUGUAUUUUUUGCAACUCUGUCAAAGACAUUUUUGAUAACCCGGACUAUUUAAAAAAAAAAAAAAAGUCAGAGCUUCUUUAAUUUAUCCUUCGACCCCAAAAUGCAACAUCAUGUGUGUCAGACGCCAAUAUUAGGAAGGCGUGGUCAGUCAUUAAGUACCAGAGUUUCCAGUGGAGGCUGUGCGCGUCUUGCUCCUGGUUUCGGCACCAACCCGCUCAGACCGUCAGUGGAAACCAAAGGACUGCGCGCAGAAGACCACAGACUUUGGAUUACAAGGCGCACCGGUCCUGCGCAUGAAUUUGCUCAUUUUCAUUCUCACUGUGCGACUCCUGUGCGCGUUUUAUCGGAGGCUGGAUGCAGGCGCUCGCAGUGUCAAGAAUCCAGCUCUGACGGACUAACCAUGGACAGCAUAGGCAGCAGCCGCUGCAAGAUCGUGGUGGUCGGGGAUACCCAGUGCGGGAAAACGGCGCUCCUCCACGUCUUUGCCAAGGACUGCUACCCAGAGAACUAUGUGCCAACCGUGUUUGAAAACUACACUGCCAGUUUUGAGAUUGACAAGCACCGGAUUGAGCUGAAUAUGUGGGACACGUCAGGUUCCUCUUAUUACGACAACGUCAGACCGCUGGCGUACCCUGAUUCUGACGCUGUUCUCAUCUGCUUUGACAUCAGCCGACCAGAAACAUUGGACAGUGUCAUUAAAAAGUGGCAAGGAGAGACGCAAGAGUUUUGUCCCAACGCCAAAGUGGUGCUGGUGGGCUGUAAGCUCGACAUGAGGACAGACGUCAACACCCUGAGGGAACUCUCCAAGCAGCGACUAAUCCCUGUCACUCAUGAGCAGGGAAGCGCAAUAGCCCGACAGAUGGGGGCGGUGGCCUACGUGGAGUGCACCUCCAAGGUUUCAGAGAACAGCGUCCGCGACGUGUUCCACAUCACCACUUUAGCGUCGGUGCGGCAGCCGCAUAAGCCUCAGUUAAAACGCAGCAGUUCCCGCAGAGGCCUGAAGAGGGUUUCGCAUCUGCCCCUGCCGCCUCUGACGGGUCGGACUGAGCAAACGGACCCCGCCCCGGCCAUCCAAAAGGACCGGGCCAAGAGCUGUUCACUAAUGUAGAGAGCCCCAGCCUCAGUGAUAUGCAGUAUAUAUGUAAAUACACAAAACAGAAAUAUAUGAAAGAGAAAGUCUAUUUAUUAUUUGAGAGGGGUUUUUUUUUCUUUUCUUUUUUUUUUCUUGCACUCUAGAUGAGGGAGAAGAGAAAAACACCGCUCCGUGAAAACAAAUGUUUUGGAUUUUAUUUCCCUUUUUCGCUGUGUGUAGGAGUGUGUGGGCGUGUGUGUGCGUGUGCAUACUUUAGAAGCUGUUUACUUCUUUGUGUUGUUUUGAAACCAUGGCAAAUUGGACUAACCCUCUGGAAAUGCAGAAGCCGCGAUAGUGGAAGUGCGGUCUCGUCUGAGGGAAUUAAAGUGAAAUUAAUUUCCUGAGAAGGAUGGCGAGGCGGCGAGCGGGAAGUGGCCAUGUGAGGGGAGCCGUGUUCAUUCAGGAUAUCAGCGAAUGAAACUUGUUGUUUUUCACGGAAGGUGUUGCUUGGCUGCCUGAAGUUGCUUCUCCUGUUGCUAAAUUUGGGAGGAAAACAAGCAAAUCCAUCAUUUAUGCUGAAAGUGGACUCUGGUGUGUAUCUGAAUGAUGACGGUCUAUUAAGAGAAGGUGGUUGAAGGAGACUGAAAUGUUGUUAAUGGUGUGUGUGUGUGUGUGUGUGUGUGUGUGAGCACUACCACCAAAAGUGCAUCUUAGGAACAAAAUAUUGUAUUUUAUUUAAUUUUUUCCCCCCAAUUUAACACUAUUUUUCUCUUUCUCCCAUUUGUGCCAGUUUGAUUCUGGAAUUAAUGCUGUUAACACAAUUUUAAAGAUUUGUGGGAAAAUAAAAUGCUUAAAAACUGGGG